AAAAAAAAAAGAAGAUUUUAUUAUCUAUAAUGGCUUCAAGAAAACCGUCAGUGAGGCACCCUAGCCACAACCAUCCAUUGCGUGGUCACAAAGCCCAAGCUGAGGAAGAGCUCAUCUGCUCAGGCUGUGACCUAGACCUGAUAGGCGCAGCUUUCAAAUGCACAAAAUCUGAAUGCGAUUACUUCUUGCACAAGUCAUGCUUCGAGCUUCCACGUGAGAACCGUCACAAGUCUCACCCGGACCACCCUUUGACCCUGCUCUAUACUCCACCGUACGAGUCCUCAACUUACACGUGCGACGCGUGCGGUGAGUAUGGAUCCGGGUUUGUUUACAACUGUUCUGUCUGUCAGUGCGAUGUACAUGUCGGAUGUGUGUCUAUGCCUGAGACCGUGGAGCGUGAAGGACACGCGCAUCCGCUCACGUUACUCUACCGUUCUCCUUACCAGAACGGUCUGAUAUUUCACUGCGAUGAAUGUCAUGAGACCGUUCCGGAUAAUCUCUGGUCUUACUAUUGCAAGGAAUGUGACUACGGGACGCAUUUACAUUCUUGUGCGGUAGAGGAGAAGGAAGAGCCAAAGAGAGGAGGAGGAGGCAAUGGUAAUACUAGUAAGAAUAAUGGAGGAAGGGGCUCCGCGUCUUCGGAGUUAGCCGCGAUGCUGGAAGCUCAAAGGGAGAUGGAGAUGAUGCAGAUUCAGUUAGAUAUGGAGAUGCAGAGAGCUAAGAUGGCGAAGAAGGCCAGAAAGGCUUGUCUAAAGCUGAUCUAGUGAGAUUCAUCAUCUGUUUCUCUCGAGCUAUCUUGGAUUCUUGAAGCUUUGAUACUCGUUGACUAUUGUUCUUGGUUUUUUUUUUUUUGCUCUUGUGUUUCCAUUAUUGUUUGCAAGCGAUCAUGUUUUUUUUUCUUCUUUUUGAAUAUUUCUUUAACUGUCUGAAUAAAAUAAUUACAUCACUUCUUUUGUUGUUGGUGUUUACUUUAAUUGUCAUAAAUAUGUAACUUUUUUUUUGGAAAAAUAUAAAUAUGUCAGUUAUUAUGAAUAUUUGUUGGAGGAGGUUUAUGUGACUUGGAAUACAU